CUCUCUUUAUUCCUUUAUAAAUAUUUCAGAUAUUUGAAGAACCACAUGGAUAGUAGAGACAUGAACACCCAAGACACAUUGGAAGGCCAAAACCCCCAUGUGGAAGAGUUUGAGCACAAGCUGAGUGUAGGGUCUGAGAAACUGCAUGUACACCUGAUGCAGGAGUUGAGCAGACUGCAGGAGAAGCUGUCAUCCUACACCGGCCGGUCCAGGCUGGGUCCCGGGCACUUCCAGACCUGCUUGGCUACCCACACCCACCACCUCCAGACCAUCUUCGGCAGUAAUGUCCGGGAACUCUGCAGUAGACUCCAUCAUUAUGUCGGGAGACUGGAGGAGUCUUCGGGCCCCGCGGCUUGCCAGGAGUCCAUGCGCUGGGUCGUCCUUACGCUGGAUCAAGGUAUACAGGAGCUGCAGUUGCACCUGGACAGCUUUGACGCGCAGGUGUCCAAGGCAACGGGCAAGUUGGGUGACGCCAACAAGAGCGAGCGAUGGCGGGACGCUGCAGCCAAGCUGGGCCGGGGGGUGGGGGAGGCAGCGAAGGCACUGCGAGCCACAGCCACCAAGCUUCCCUCAGGGGCCUUGGGUGAGCAGCUCUCCCAAGGUGUCACCCAGUUCUGCCAUAGAUCCAUGGCCUAUAUUGAGCACUUUGACACUUGGGUCAAGCGGCAGACAGAGGGACCGGAGACGCAGUGGGUGCGAGAGCACCCCCUGCAUGGCAGACUGAGCACCCUGAGUGGGGAUUUCUCCGCAACACUGAACGCUCUCCUCACAGACAUCUGGCAAACUUUGAACUGAAUCAGCUUUGUGUCUGACUGGUAAA